UCCAAUCAUGGAUAUUUCAGUUACAACUAUUGAAAUGGCCGAUACAACAAUUGUUGGAAAUGGUGAUUUAACACUAUCAUCAAAUAUUGAAAAUGGCACUGGACCAUCAGCAAAUAGUCCAUUAAUCGGUGGUUAUUUAUUAAUAAUUAUUGAUGAACCUCAUUCACAAGAGCAUAAGGAUCUAAUUUUACAGAAAGUUUCUAAAGGAUUAUUAUCAUGGAACAAGGAACAAAAUUUAGUCAAUCUAGAAAAAGAAUUAGAUAUAAUAACAACGAAAGCUGCGGAUGGUGAAGUGUCAAGGCUUAACGAAAGAUUAAUUCAAUAUGCAUCAGAAAAUUUGGUGACAGAGAUAUUAAUAAAUGCAACCUCAAACACAGUGUUACAAUGUAUCAGGAAUCUAUUGAGUAGUUUUACUAGACACCGUCAUAUUAUUCAUGCUGGAUACACAUUUGCUGGGAGUGGUUCUUGGAUAUUACAGGAUGGAACCUUUUCAUACGCUGAUAUGUGUGAUGCAUUACAAGAUACAGAAGUUCAACGAGUGUUCGAAGCAUACGAAAAUAUUGUAACAAUUGAUAUACACUGUUCACCUGAGGGUGAAUGGCCUAAAUUAGAUCACGAACAAUUCGUUCGCAUGUGUAAAUUAAAAACGAACCCAACAGAUGUGUUAACUGCGGGCACACCUUCGAUAACUAAUUUCAUGAAAUAUAUUGAACCGUAUGUAAUACCAAUGGAAACUGAUACAUUAUUAGAAAGUUCUGAUGUUGUUGGUAAUAUACGAUUCUCUCAUCCCACCUUAUAUAUAUUUCCUGGUGGACAAGGUGAUUCAGCAUUAUUUGGUAUUAAUGGAUUUAAUAUGUUAAUCGAUGGUGGUUUUGCUAGAAAGGCAUGCUUUUGGGAUUUUACACGUCAUUUGGAUCGUUUGGAUGCCGUUUUAAUUACACGAAUCAAUAAUAAUAAUAUUAAUGGUAUCACUGCUGUUUUGGAAAAGAAACGAAAUCAACAAGUUUAUCCACAAAUUGGACAUGUUUUCUGUAAUUUACAAGACCGUAAGAAACUGCUAAGUCCAAGUGAAGAUAAAGAAAAAGAUCCAUUAUUAAUUGAUCUCAUUGAAAGAAGCCAACAAUUAGUUAAUUGUCUACGUCAUAUCAAUUUACGACCACAGUCAUGUUUUCGUGACACAGAACCAAUAAAUUUAUAUCAUAAAGUGGGUCAUGGUACACUAAAUAUGUACGUUUUAAGUCCAGCAAAAGAAUCACGUGAAGUUCGCGAAUUUAUGGACAAAUGGAAUGCCAAUGAUAAUAAAGUAUUUAUAACACGAAAAGAUUCAAAAGAACUUAUAUUUCCAAUACAAAAUAUGAUAUCGAUAUGUGCACUUCUUAUCUGGGAACCAGCUAAACCAAAUGAGAAUAUAACACGUAUACUAUUUCCAGGCAGUACACCACAGCAUAAAAUAUUCGAAGGUUUAGAUAAAUUGAAACAUUUGGAAUUCUUUAAAACACCUAUAUGUUCGGCAAACACAAUUGUACCAAGUAAAUCGUUAACAGCAAUAACUAAAAUGACUAAGCCAGUAAAAUCAUUGGAUAAAGUAUUACAAAGCGAUAAUAUAAAACCACUAAAAUUAGCUACAGAUAUUAAAAAAGAAAAACCUUCUCCACCCAUAAUUGAUAACAAACAAAGAAGUGAAAACAAAGCUGUAGAUGAUAAUAAAACAAAAAAUAUUGUAGCAGACAAUAAAACGAAAUCUACUACAUCAACAAUUAAAUAUCCUAAAAAAACAUUAAAAACAAACAUUAAAAAAUCCGAAUCAGUUGAAAGUGAUAAGGACGAAGUGAAAACAGAUGAAAUUAAAACCAAAGAAACUGAUUCUGAAACUGAAUCUAAAAAAUUAGACGAAGAUAAAAAAGUAACAAAGGAUGAUCAAAAAUCAAGCGUUUCCAAAACUCGAAGUAAAUCGAAAACAUCAAAAUCCAUCGAAAGGAAACCACGAACCGAAAUUAAAUCUGAUACUAAACCAUCUACUCCCAAAAAGGUUGCCAGCGAACAACAAGGCAUAUCAAAUAAAUUUCAAGCUAAAUCUUCUCCAUCAGCUACUCCAGCUAAAAGUGCUAAAGAUGCUAAUAAUCGAAAGGUGGUUGAAUCAAAAUAUAAAUCUCUUUAUAGUAAGAAAGAGCCAUCAAAACCUAUAGAGAAAGAUCAACCCCCAAAAGUUGAAAGAAAACCAAUAUCUCGGCGACCAAAACCACCAUCACCAAUGCGUAAACUAGGUGGCAGCCCAGUAAAAUCCAUCAAAUUAAAUAAAAAUGAAAAAGAUUCACGAAAAAUAAAGAACGAAAAAAGUGAUACAGUGGAUUCGAGUACUGUUAGUACACCGGUCGAUGUGGAUUCCACAAAGCUAGCAAAUGAUGUGAAACUUUCAGAAACUGAAAUAGAAUUAUUGAAAGCUCAGGAACUCGCAGACCUUAAGGAAGAACAGGAAGUAAUUAAAGAAAUCGAAGCAGUAUUUUCAAAAGACGAACAAAAUAAGAAAUCUGAAAUUGAAUCAGCCCCUAUUCCAGAGAAAUCAAUUCCAGAUGAAGUAGAGGAAUAUCUCAUUAUCGAAAAAGAAGAAUUUGUUGAAUAUUCACAAGAUGUUCCAGCUGAUAAUGGUAAAACAGAAACUACAGAUAUUAGUGAAGAGCCAGAAGAAAAGUUAAAAGAAAUCAAACAAGAAACUGAACCAGUUAUCCAAGCCCCAUCUAGGCCAACUGAAUUUACUACUCCCAUCACAUCAACUACAAAAUCUAAACCUAUUUCACUAGAAUCUUGCAAUAAAAUAGAAAAUGAAAUAAAUGAAAUAAUUCAAUCGGCAACCGAUAUUGCUAAAACCAAAGAAGAAGGACAAAGCUAUGAUAAUGAUAAAAAAGAAAAAGUAGAAGAAAUUUCUAGAGAUGUGUCCAUUACUAGUCCUGAGGAGAAACUCGAAUUAUCAAGCGAGAAGAAAACAACUGACACUAAAGAUAUCGAUGAGGUAGAAAACAAAGAAGUUGAUCAAAAUUAUGUAGUUGAAUCACAACCAGAUGAGAAAUUUUCGGCUACAUCAGGUGCCACAACAGCUCCAACGUUGCCGGAAGAUGAACGAAUAACUUUAGAUGAAAUAAAAGAAGAUAAAGUUCCAGAUAUCGAAGAGAAGUAUAUUAAUGAAGAAACCAAAGAAAAGGAUCUUCCUAUAUCAAUCGAACCUAUUAGGUUUGAGCCGAAACCAAAAGAAAAUGACGUUCGAGCAAUGCAAUAUGAAGCUCAACAAGCACAUUUACGUGAUAUUGUAAAAACACCAGACGAAGUUGCUGAUUUACCAGUACAUGAAGAAGUAGAUGGUGGGCCAUAUGAUCACGGACACGCCGAAGAACAAGCUGAAAAAGAUAAGCAAGUUGAUGUAAAUGAACUGAAAGAAGGAGAAACGCAAGAAAAAGAUGUUAAGUUGGAUGAUGAUGUUGAUGAUAGAAAAAAAACUGAGGAAGAUCAACUAAAAGAAAGAGAAACAAAAGACGAAGGUGAUAAGGAAAAAGGUGAAGUAGGUCAGCUUAAAGAGGGAGAAACACAAGAAAAAGAUGUUAAAGUGGUUGAUGACAUCGAUGAUAAGGAGAAAGGUGACGUUGGUCAGCUAAAAGUAGGGCAAGUACAAGAAAAAGAUGAUAAAUUGGUUGAUGAUAUUGGUGAUAAGGAGAAAGGUGAAGUAGAUCAGCUGAAAGCAGGAGAACCACGAGAAGGAGAUGUUAAAUUGGUUGGUAAAGUCGGUGAUAAGGAAAAAGGUGAAGUAUAUGAACUGAAAGUGGGAGAAAUUCAAGAAAAAGAUGGUAAAUUGGUUGAUGAUAUCGAUCAUAAGGAGAAAGGUGACGUAGGUCAGCUAAAAGUAGAACAAACACAAGAAAAAGAUGAUAAAUUUGUUGAUGAUAUCGGUGAUAAGGACAAAGAUGAAGUAGAUCAGCUGAAAGCAGCAGAACCACAAGAAAAAGAUGUUAAAUUGGUUGCUGACAUUGGUGAUAAAGAGAAGGGUGAAGUAGAUCAGCUGAAAGUGGGAGAAACGCAAGAAAAAGAAGUUAAAUUGGUUGGUGAAAUCGAUGAUAAGAAAAAGGGUGAAGUAGAAGAACUGGAACUGGGAGAAUCCCAAGAAAAAGAUGUUAAAUUGGUUGAUGACAUCGGUGAUAAGAAGACAGGUGAAGUAGAUCAGCUGAAAGCAGGAGAAUCACAAGAAAAAGAUGGUAAAUUUAUUGAUGAUAUCGGUGAUAAGGAGAAAGGUGAAGUAGAUCAACUGAAAGCUGGAGAACCACAAGAAAAAGAUGUUAAAUUUGUUGGUGAAAUUGGUGAUAAGGAAAAAGGUGAAGUAGAUAUACUGAAAGUGAGAGAAACUCAAGAAAAAGGUGCUAAAUUGGAUAAAGAUGACGAUAACAAAGAAAAAGAUAGUGAUCAAAUUCCACAAAAAUUCGAUGAAUUUAUUCCUAAAAAAGAAAUUAUUGCAGAGAAAAUAUUAUCAGAAAAAUUAGAAAAUGUUGAAGUAGAGAAAGAUGUAACAAAUGCACAGUUAGACGAAAAACGUUUAGAUUCUGAUAUCGUUAAAACAGAACAAGAAAUUAAUAUUGAAAAAGAAUCUAAGAUACCUGUUGAUUUAGGUUUCGAAACUUCCGCGAAACAUCAAGAUACACAAUAUUUAGUUGGGCAAAUCACAGACACUGUAGACACUGAAAUUGUGUACGAAACUGUGGAUGAAAAAGAAUUAACGUCUGAACAAAAUGUGGAAAAAGAUACGUGUGUUAGAAAAAUGGAUGAAAAAGUAAGCGUUGCAGCUGUUGAUAUUAAACUUUCUAAAGAAGAAACUGAUAAGCAAGAGAAGGUUGAAAUUUCAGCAAUUGAAGAAGCAAAAGAUGAAUCUGAUAAAAAAUUAGGAGAAGGAAUCCAAGAAGUAAUUAUAAGCAAAGAAGGCAUUGAACAUAAAGAUAAGGAAGGUAAAGUAGAAAUUUCAAAGAUUGAAGAUGAAGCAAACAUACUUGAUAAAAAACUAGGAAAAGAAACACAAGAAUUGGUUAUGUCUGAAGAAACUACCGAAAAAAUAAGUACGGAUAAAACAAAUGAAAUUUAUAAAACUUUGAAGGAGGGUGUAUCUAAAGAAGAAAUUUUGAAAGAUACUUCAAGUCUUGAUGACAAAGAAAAAUUAGAUAAAAAAUCAGCUAUUAUUUUGGAAGAUGAAACUCCAAAACAAUUACCAUCGGGUGAUUUUAAAUUGAAUGGCGCAGGCGAAAGCGAUAUUUUGUCAGAUUCAACAUCAAUUUUACGUAAUCUAGAAGAAGACAAGGAUGACGAGGCUGACCAUUUAUAUGCAAUGAAAGAAACUUGGAUUAGAGAUAAUAAUGAACCAGGUGAAUUAAGAUAUUCUGGAAUUCCUACAGAAUUUAAAGAACCGUUCUCUUCAAUGCCAUAUACUGUUAAUGAAUAUACCACAGAAUUACGAGAAACUCACAUUACUACUCUCGAUUCUCCAAAACCUGUCGAAGAUAACUUAGAAUCCACAAUAUUAAACAACAAUAAACAAUCAAAGUUGAGUACAUUGUUGGAAAACUCUAAAGAGUUAAUGGAAUCGACAUCAAAAAUUAUUUCCGAUAUUAAAGCUCAAGAUACUUUAAAAUCUGAAGAACCUCCAUCAUCUACUUUAGGAAUUGAUGUUGUAAAACUUGUUGCAAAUGUAGCAGAGGUUUUAAAAUCAGACAAAUCAUUAGAAGAAAUUGCUUCCACUAUAAAAGAAGAUACUGAUCAGAAACAAGAUGAAGAGGUCAUCAUUGCCAGUACAAAAACUUACGAUAAUGAGAGUAUUAAAAAAAUUUCUCCUGAACCAGAAAAAGAUGAAAAAAUUGAAGCAAUUCCUAGUGAAAAAUGCAUUAAAGAAAGUAUACUGAAUUUCUUAAAUGAAGAACGAAAAGCAUUUGACGAAGUUGAAGAUCUUGAAGUAAAUGGCGAUUUAGAAGAGGAAAAAGAUUAUGAUACUGAAAAACAAACUCCUAAAACACAAAAGAUUGAAGAAGACCUUGAGGUUUCGAAAUAUUCUACACAACCCAUACAAAAAGUUGUUGUUCUUGAUAGUGAAGUAUCAUUGCCGUUAAUAAAAGAUGAAAAACUCUCUGAAACACAAGAAAUAUCUAAAUUACAACAAUUUGAAAUCCAGGAUGGGUCUUCAACACUCGAUAAAAUUGAACAAAAAGCUAUUCAAGAAAUUCAAAUUGAUGAAAAAUCAAUUACGAAAUCAUUGGUUCAUGAAAAAUCUACGUCAAUUAUUCCUGAAAACUUAGAAACAGUUGACCCUGCAUUAGAAGACAAGGAUUCUAUACAUGCGGAAACCUCCACUGAAAAACCUUUUGAUGAAGAUAGUAUUUCUGAAGCAUCAGUAAAACGAAAAUCGAUAGCAGAUUCAGAAAUAUCAAAAUCUCCUACUCCUGAGAAAUCUAUUACGGAUGUGAAAGCUACAACCGAAGAAGUAGAAAAACUAAAAUCGGUAGAAGAUGAAGUGAAAGAAAAAUCGAAGUCUCCUACCCCUGAAAAAUCUAUUACUGGCAUGGAAAUUUCAAUCGAAGAUAUAGAAAAGCGAAAAUCAAUUACAUUAGAAAAAUCAAGAUCUUCUACACCAGAAAAGCCCAUUGUUGAUAAAAAAGAUAGAUCAGAAACUCCAGAUAAACGAAAAUCUAUUGAGGGAUCUGAAACUAAAGAAUCAUCGAAAUCACCUACUCCGGAAAAAUCGAUUAUUGAUGUAAAAAUUGCAAACGAGGAGGAAGAAAAACAAAAAAUGAUGGAAGAAUACGUAGAAUCAGAAAUAUCAAAAUCUCCCACUCCGGAUAAAUCUAUAACCGAUGUUAGAGUAGCAACUGAAGAGGUAGAAAAACGAAAAUCAAUUGACGAUUCUAAAGCCUUCGAAAAAUCAAGAUCUUCCACACCUGAAAAAUCUGUGUUAGACCAAAAACAUAGUUCAGAAACGGCAGAUAAAUUCAAAUUGACUCAGGAAUCGGAAAUUAAAGAAACAUCGAAGUCGCCUACCCCUGAACAAUAUGAUACAAAAGCUACAACCGAGGAGACAGACAAAAAACAGUCUGUGGAAGAUACAGACAAAUCAAAAUCUUCUACUCCUGAAAAAUCUAUAACUGAUGUCAAAUCUUCGACCGAGGAAGCCGAAAAGCGGAAAUCAAUUGAAAUUUCUGAAACAACAGAAAAAUCUAAAUCUCCUACGCCUGAACGAUCUAUUCUUGAUCAAAAAGAUGGUUCUGAAACCUCAGAAAAACGAAAAUCAAUUGAGGUGUCUGAAACUAAAGAAACAUCAAAGUCUCCUACUCCUGAGAUAUCUAGUAAUGAAGUAAAACGCGAAUCGAUUAAGGACUCGAUUAUACUAGAUAAAUCAAAAUCGCCUUCGCCCGAAAAAAUUUUAAUUGAUGAAAAAGAUACAUCCGAAGAAUUACAAAAAAGAAAAUCAAUAGCACAAUCUGAAACACAAGACAUAUCAAAAUCAACUGAAAAAUCUGAUUCUAAGGAAAAAACAACACCAGAAGUAGAUGAAAAACUUCAAUUAAAAUCAAAAUCUCCUACUCCUGAAAAAUCUACAAUUGAUGAAACAGGUGCCAGUGACGAGGCUGAAGAACAGAAAUCAAUGUUAGAGAAGCACUCAAAAUCUGCUUCACCUGAAAAAACUACAUCAAAGGAAAACAUUCUAACAAUAGAAGAGGAAAAACGUAAAUCUGUCGUAGAAUCUAUAGUUGCAAACAACCUAGAAGAAAUGCAAUUAUCAUCUUCAGAGCUAUUAGAUAAAUCAAAAUCUCCAUCUCCUGAAAAAUCGACCAGUUAUGCAAAAGAUACAUCCGAAGAACCAGAAAAAAGAAAAUCAAUCGUUGAAUCAGCCCUAGAAGACAUAGCAAAAUCACCUUCACCUGCAAAAUCUGUGUGUGAAAAAACUACAGAAAAAGCUACAUUCGAUAUGAAAGAAAAGAGUGAAUUACCUUCUGAUAAAUCAAAGUUUGAACAAUCUUUAAUUGACGAAAAGGAUGUCUCUAAAGAAUCAGAAAAAGGACAACCAAUUUUAGAAUCUGUUGUACAUGAUCAAUCAAAAUCUCCUUCACCUGAAAAAUAUGACUCAAAAGAGAAAGUUUUAACUGAAGAAGAUGGGAAACGUUCCUCGACUAAGGAUUCUGUAAUUUCCGAAAAUGAAGAAAAAAAAGUUUGCGACGACGAAAAACAAAAAUUACCUACUGAAUCAGUAGAUAAAUCAAAAUCCUCAUCGCCGGAAAAAUCCACAGUUGAUGAUAAAGAUACGUCUGAAGAAUCAGAAAAACGGAAAUCAAUUACAGACACUAUAAUACAUGAUCAAUCAAAAUCUCCCACGCCUGAAAAAUCUGAUUUAAAAGAACAAAUUACUACCGAAAAAGAUGAAAAACGUCAUUCGAUUAAGGAGUCUCAAGAAUUACCAAAAUCAAAGUCUGCCACCCCUGAAAAAUCUAUAAGUGAUGAAAAAGACACCUUUGAAGAAUCAGAAAAACGAAAACUUAUUUUAGAAACUGAAACACAUGAUCAACAAAAAUCUCCUUCACCUGAAAAAUUUGAUUCUAAACAAAAAGACAUAAAUGAAAUAGAAGAAAAAUCUCAUUCAAUAGAUGCGGCAGAAAUUCCAAAGUUAUUGUCUGAAUCCCUGGAUGAAUCAGAAUCUUCUUCACCUGAAAAACCUUCCAUUGUUGAAAAAGGUACUACUGAAGAAUCAGAAAAACGCAAAUCUAUUGUAGAGUCCGUCACACGUGAUCAAUCAAAGUCCCCUACACCAGACUUAUUUGAUUCUAAGGAACAAGAUUUAACUGCAGAAGAAGAGGAAGAAGAAGAAAAGCGACAUUUAAUAGCAGUAGAAAUAGAAGAAAAGCGACAUUUGAUUGCAGUAGAAGCGAGAAAAAAACGGAAAAUGAUUGCGGAUUCUGCAGUACAAGAUACAAAAGAAGAAGCUACAACAGAUGAAAAAGAAACGACAAAAUUACUGUCAGAAUCGUUAGAUAAAUCAAAGUCUCCUACGCCUGAAAAAUCUGAUAAUGAAAAAGAAUCGUUUGAAGAAACAGAAAAGCGGAAAUCAAUUAUUGAAUCUUCGGUACAUUAUCAAUCAAAAUCUCCUACUCCUGAAAUAGACGAAGAUUCUAAAGAAAAAGUAACAACGGAAAUAGACGAAAAACGUCAUUCGAUUGGGGAAUCUGUAGUUCAAGAAUUGCCAAAAUCAAAGUCUCCUACGAUUGAGAAAUCAACUAUUGAUGAAGAAGAGGUGUCUGAUGAGACAGAGAAACAGAAGUCAAUUGUAGAAUCUACCUUGCAUGAUCACUCAAAAUCUCCUACACCAGAAAAAUUUGAAUCUAAGGAAAAAGUAACAACUGAAUUUGAUGAAAAACGUCAAUCGAUUGGGUCAAUAUCAAAGUCUCCUACGCCUGAUAAAUCCACAAUUGAUGAAGAAGAGGCCUCUGAAAAGCCAGAGAAACAGAAGUCAAUUGUAGAAUCUACCUUGCGUGAUCACUCAAAAUCUCCUACACCAGAAAAAUUCGAAUCGAAGGAAAAAGUAACAACUGAAUUUGAUGAAAAACGUCAAUCGAUUGGGGAAUCUGCAGUUCAGGAAUUAUUAAAAUCAAAGUCUCCUACGCCUGAUAAGUCCACAAUUGGUGAAGAAGAGACCUCUGAAGAGUCAGAGAAACAAAAGUCAGUCGUUGAAUCUGCCUUACUUGAUCACUCAAAAUCUCCUACACCCGAAAAAUUUGAUUGUAAGGAAAAAGUAAAAGCAGAAUUAGAUGAAAAACGACAUUCGAUUGAGGAAUCUGCAGUUCAGGAAUUAUCAAAAUCUCCCACGCCAGAAAAAUCUACUAUAAAUGAUCAAUCAAAGUCUCUUUUAUCUGAAAAAUCUGAUUUUAAGGAAAAAUUAACAACGGAAAUAGAUGAAAAACGACAUUCGAUAGGAGAAUCUAUUGCUCAAGAGUUGUCGAAAUCAAAGUCAUCUUCGCCUGAAAGAUCUACAAUUGAUGAAAAAGGUACCGCUGAAGAGCCUGAAAAGCGAAGAUCCAUAAUAGAAUCUAUAGAACAUGAUCAAUCAAAAGCUUCUACACCUGAAAAAUCUGAUUCUACAGAAAAAGUAACCACUGGAAUAGAUGAAAAAGUUAAGGUAAUUGGAGAAUCUGCUGUUCACGAGCUACCAAAAUCAAAGUCUCCUACACCUGAGAAAUCAAUAAUUGACGAAAAACAGGUAUCUGACGAAACCGGAAAACGAAAGUCAAUUGUAGAAUCCACCUUGCAUGAACAAUCCAAAUCUCCUUCACCUAAAAAAUCAGAUUCUAAUGAAAAAGUAACUACUGGAACAGAUGAAAAACGUCAAUCUAUUGGGGAAUCUGCUGUUCAAGAAUUACCAAAGUCAAAGUCUCCUACGCCUGAAAAAUCUACAAUCGAUGAAAAGGGUAUAUCGGAAGUAUCAGAAAAAUGCAAAUCGGUUACAGAGUCUGAUAAAUCAAAAUCACCUUCGCCUGAAAAAUCUGAUCUUGAAGAAAAUGUUAGAACUGGAACAGAUGAAAAACGCCAGUCAAUUGGGGAAUCUGCUGUUCAUGAAUUAUCAAAAUCAAAGUCUCCGACGCCUGAAAAAUGUUUAAUUGGCUCUGUCGUACAAGAUCAAUCAAAAUCUCCAUCACCUGAAAAAUCUUAUCCUAAGGAAAUAGCUACUACUGGAGUCGAUGAAAAACUGCAAUCGAUUGGGGAAUCCUCAGUUCGAGAAUCACCAAAAUCAAAAUCUCCUACGCCUGAAAAAUCUGUAAUUGACGAAAAGGGAAUCUCUGAAGAACCGGAAAAACGAAAAUCAAUUAUAGAAUCUAUUAAAGACGAGCAAUCCAAAUCUCCUUCUCCUGAAAAAUCAGAUUAUAAGGAAGAAUUUGAGAGAAAAUCAAAAUCUCCAACUCCUGAACAAUCUGCUUUCAAAGAGAAAGAGAUUCUUGGAAAAACAGAAAAAUCCACAAGCGAUGUAAAAACAACAUAUGAAGAAUCAGUGAAACAAGAAUCAAUUUCAGAAUCUAAGGAAAAAUCAAAAUCAUCAACGCCUGAAAUUUCUGCCGAUGAAAAGAAUAUUGCUGAAACACAACAAAAAUUACAAACAGACAAAGAACAGGAUAAAAAAAUGACUGAAGAAUCCAAAUCUCCAACUCCAGAAAAAUCUAUACAGGAAGAUAAAAUUAUUUCUGAAACGCAAGAAAAGCAACUUCCGACGUCAGAGCCUAUAGAUGAAAAAGUUACAUCAGAUACACAUCAACAUAUGGAACAUAUUGAAAAAUCUUUACAAGACCAUCCAUUAAUAUCGUCGGCAUUAGAAAAAUCUGAUACUGUUGAAAAAGAUAAGUCAAAGAUUUCAGAAACACAAGAAUCUAUUCCUGAAUCAGUUAGGCCUGAAAAAACAACUGUUCCUGAAACCGAAAAGAAACAAAAUUUAAUUGGUCUUGAAAAACUUGAAGAAGACGCCAUUUCGAAAACUCAGAAAACAACUACUGCGUCCAUUGAUAAAGAUUCAACAAGCUUUACAACUAUUGAAAAAACUAAAGAGGCUAUAAAAUCAGAUCAUGAGAAAGUAUUAUCAGGAAAAAGUGAAGUUAAUGAGAUCCUUACAAAUGGUCACCAAACAACCCACAAAAUUGAAAAUGGAUUCGACGAAACAUGUGUUUUAGACAGGUUAAAGUAUGAAGAAGUUUCGGACAUUGAUAAACAGGAAUCGCUAAAAUCAAAGACACAAACAUCAACCAGUACUACGCAUGAAAAAUCAGAAAAACAAACAACUUAUGGUACGAAAAUAGUUACCAAUGGGGUAGAAAUAAAUUUAGAAAAAUCCACUUCAUCAAAAAUAGUGGAUAUGAAUGGAGAAGGCGCCAGUGAUAAUACAGCCAAACCAAUUAAGACUGAUGAUGCAACAAUUAGUACAAGUUAUUCCAAAACAGUGGAUACUAAAGAAAUUGAAAUUUUACACACUACAAAUGGUACUUCAGAUAUACAAACUAGUGAAAUAAUUAGUGCUGAAAAAACAGAAGAAAUUAGCAUUAUAGAUCCAAAAACUACUGAACAUUCAACUAUUGUUACAAACGGUAGUGCUACAGAAAGUUCAAUGAAAGCAACCCAGGCCCAUGAUCAAAAGGAGAGAAAGUCAAUAACCGAGGAGAAAAUUCCUGGCAUAUCAGUAGAUAGCCCAGUCAAAAGUACUAAAAAACACACACAAUCAGAAACUACGGAAGAUGGUGAUACACAUGAGGAAGGGUGUCUUUCCACAGAGAAUUUAUCUCCACUACAUUUAUCUGGCCGUUCUACGCCGGAAAUCAAAAUAGAUCUUGAUGUGGAUCGACAAUUAGAAAAAGAAUUGUUACCAUUAGAAGCAGUUGACAAAACUGAUGAAGAGGUAGUUGUGGGUACAUCAUCAACGAAAGCAGAUAUUGGUGUAACUUCGGUUAUAAAACAGUCAAUGGAAGAUAUUAGUGGAAACUUGAGUGGAAAAUCUACUCCAGAUAUUGCAGAAGUUGAAAAAUUGAAAGAAGAAUUAAAAUUUGAAAAGUAUAUUUCAAAGAAAACAACCUCACCUAAGCACACUGCAGGCGCAAUUAUAAAAGACUCAGAAACAAUUUGCGUGAUGAAGGCAUCCAAAAUCACUACAGAAAAGCAUGAAGUAUUAACGGAAAGCUCAGGUAAAGUAAUAAAAGAAGAAAUAAUUACUACAGAAGAACAAUCCAUAGAAAGGAGUCCCGAUUUAAAAUUAGAUAAAGAUUCUCAACAUGAAAUUACUAUUGAAACAAAUACUAAAAUAAUUAAAACGGUUUCCGAAGAAACCCAUGACGUGCAAACGAAUGGAAAACAUGAACACGCUUAUGGUCAAGGUGCUGGUGAGAGUGAUAAAAGUAAAGUAGUAGGAAAAAUUACAGAACCACUAACAUUAUUUUCGAAAACAUCAGAGGUAUUAUAUACAACCUGUGGUGAUAUGGAUAUGGGUGAAGUUUCUUCUCCUCCAAGCAAUUUAAGUUCCGCCCAAGGAUCUUGUGCUCCACAUAUUUGGGAUGAACAUUUUACAGACGAAGAAGAUUUGCCAGAAUCACCUUUGAGUACGACAUCACAAAUUGGUGGCUCGCCAACUUCCCAAUUUCAAUACGAUACAGGGUUAAACGAAGAUACAAUCUUAUCUAAAAAACAAAUGGAUACAAUGAGUACGUCAUUUUAUGGAUCAUUACCUGAAGAAACAGUAAUUGAUCAUUCCAAAACUGAGCCAGUGCUUAUACCUAAAAAGCCCGAACAUUUUGGUGUAUCAUCAAUGUCGGAGGAACAGACGUUUAUCGAACCAGGAACGGGAAUAUCAAAGCAUGAAUUUUUAUCAAGUGAUUUAAAAUCAAAAAUAAAUGUUGAAAAGGAAGAAUUAAAAACUAUAUCUAAGGAUGAACAAGAAGUAAAAACAGCUAAAUGCGACGAAAAAACUUUAGGUGACACAUCAAAAACAAAACCUGAGAAAGUAGAUAAACCAGAGUCUCAGAAGGAUAGUAUAGGAUUGAAAGAACAAGAGCAAAAACCAAGUUCAAGCACCAAACCAGAUUCAGUUGAAUCAUGGGGAAAACCUUUAGGACUACCAAGUCCAGCUCCUCCUGGUGAAACAAAAUCAACACCCAAAAAAGAAAGAAAAACAGCUGCAUCCAUACUAGCUGUCAAAAACAAAAAAAAUAAUGAACGAAAACGGUCAGAAUCGCCUGGAAAAUUAAACAAGAAAAUAAAUCCAGUGUAUUUAGAUUUGACCUAUGUACCACACCAUGGAAAUGCUAAUUACUGUUAUGUAGAUUUCUUUAAAAAAAUUCGAGCUAGAUACUAUGUAUUUUCUGGAACUGAGCCUAGCAGAGAAGUAUAUAAUGCUCUUCUUGAAGCAAAGCAGACUUGGGAAGAUAAAGAUUUAGAAGUAACAAUCAUACCAACAUACGACACAGAUGUAUUAGGAUAUUGGGUAGCUGAAAAUGAAGAAUUAUUAUCUAAAAAUAAAAUAGAUUUAUCACCAUCUGCAAGUCGUUGUACCAUCAACUUACAAGACCAUGAAACUUCAUGUUCAGCAUAUAGAUUAGAAUUUUAAAAUUAUUAUUAAAAGAAAUGUUUAAAAAAAAUGUUACACAGGGAAUAUAUUUGGUGAAAACAUCAGGGUAUGCUUAAAAACAUUGUGAUGUAGCACAAAUUAUUUAUGCACUAUUUACAAUUAAAUAAUAUCAAAUUGUUUUAUUUAAAAUGUUUGAGCGAAACUUCUUCAAAAAUUUAUUAUUUUUCAAUUAUCUCAUUUUAUUCAUACCACACAUCGAGCAAAAACAAACUUCACAAAAUCGUUAGUAA